AGAGACCAAAAGAAAAGUGUACGUGAAGUUUGUCCACGGUACACGGCACUAGCAGUUUCCUAGCUAAGAGGGUACGUCAUAUAUAUAUAUAUAUAUAAGGAAAGGUCAGGAACGAGGAACGGUAUUUGGGCACUCCAUGGAGCAGGAGGGCACAAGCAAGAGUACUGCUAGCUCAAGCCAAUCUCCGAGAUCACGAUGCCCAGCUCCCUUUUUGUCAAAGACUUAUGACUUGUUAGAAGAAGGAAGAGCAGAUGAUCAUCAUCAUGAUCGUGCAGGCAAGAGAAUCGUGUCAUGGAAUGCGGAGGGAACUGGGUUUGUUGUUUGGUCUCCAGCAGAGUUCUCGGAGCUCUUGUUGCCUAAAUACUUCAAGCACAACAACUUCUCUAGCUUCAUUCGCCAGCUGAAUACCUAUCAGGGAUUCAAGAAAACAUCUUCGAAAAGGUGGGAAUUCAAGCACGAGAAGUUCAAGAAGGGGUGCAGGCAAAUGCUAGCUGAGAUCACUAGGAAGAAGAGCGAGCCAAGUAUCUUUCCAGCAUAUCUCAAGGCUUCUGAAGAGAGCAGUACGAUGACUGCUGCCUGCAUGGAGGAGACUAAUCGUCUGCUACUCCUGAAGGAGAACAAGGACCUAAGGAGGGAGAAGUUGGAAUUGCAGAUGCAAAUAGCCCAUUUCAAAGCACUGGAAUUAAAGUUGUUGGAUUGCCUCUCUCAAUACAUGGGGCCGGGGGAAACAACAACCAGAACAAAGUUAGAAGCUAGCUAGGCCUUGUAAUUAGAGGGUCUGAGACAAACAAAUGCUAAUUUGUAUGAUAUAUAGCCUACUUAGAGAAAAUUUGUAUUAUAUCAUUGGGUGGUGGAAAUUAUUUUUCA